GGCGCACACCUCCCUCCCUGACGCAUUUUGCCGCACAAGCUGUAAUAUGGCGGCAGCGACGGCGGCCUGAACUCUGGGAAGCCAGGUGAUUUUCGAAGCUUCAAAAUCGAGUGAAAGGAUUGGAAAAGUUUGUCCUUGAUUUUUCUCUCUUUAAAGAUUUUUUUUUUCAGAAAUUUAUGAAAAAUCUUUGCUGUUUUAGUUUGUUUGCCUGAAACUGUAUUUUACUCAUAAAUUGAAAUAUUGGAGCCAUGGGAAUAAAGGUUCAGCGUCCUCGAUGUUUUUUUGACAUUGCCAUUAAUAAUCAACCUGCUGGAAGAGUUGUCUUUGAAUUAUUUUCUGAUGUGUGUCCCAAAACAUGUGAGAACUUCCGUUGUCUUUGUACAGGUGAAAAGGGGACAGGGAAAUCAACUCAGAAGCCAUUACAUUAUAAGAGUUGUCUCUUUCACAGAGUUGUCAAAGAUUUUAUGGUUCAAGGUGGUGACUUCAGUGAAGGAAAUGGACGAGGAGGGGAAUCUAUUUACGGAGGAUUUUUUGAAGAUGAGAGUUUUGCUGUUAAACACAACAAAGAAUUUCUCUUGUCAAUGGCCAACAGGGGGAAGGAUACAAAUGGUUCACAGUUCUUCAUAACAACGAAACCAACUCCUCAUUUAGAUGGGCAUCAUGUUGUUUUUGGCCAAGUGAUUUCUGGUCAAGAAGUUGUGAGAGAGAUAGAAAACCAGAAAACAGAUGCAGCUAGCAAACCAUUUGCUGAGGUGCGGAUACUCAGUUGUGGAGAGCUAAUUCCCAAAUCUAAAGCUAAGAAAGAAGAAAAGAAAAGGCAUAAAUCAUCAUCCUCCUCAUCCUCCUCCAGUGACUCAGAUAGCUCAAGUGAUUCUCAAUCCUCUUCUGAUUCUUCUGAUUCUGAAAGUGCUUCUGAAGAGAAAUCAAAAAAAAGAAAAAAGAAACAUAGGAAAAAUUCCCGAAAACACAAGAAAGAAAAGAAGAAGCGAAAGAAAAGCAAGAAAAGCGCAUCUAGUGGAAGUGAAGCUGAAAAUCUUGAAGCACAGCCCCAGUCUACUGUCCGUCCAGAAGAGAUCCCUCCUAUACCUGAAAAUAGAUUCCUAAUGAGGAAAAGUCCUCCUAAAGCUGAUGAAAAAGAAAGGAAAAACAGAGAGCGAGAGAGAGAGAGAGAGUGUAAUCCACCUAACUCCCAGCCUGCUUCAUACCAGAGGCGACUUUUAGUUACUAGGUCUGGCAGGAAAAUUAAAGGAAGAGGACCAAGGCGUUAUCGAACUCCUUCCAGAUCCAGAUCAAGGGAUCGUUUCAGACGUAGUGAGACUCCUCCACAUUGGAGGCAAGAGAUGCAGAGAGCUCAAAGAAUGAGGGUGUCAAGUGGUGAAAGAUGGAUCAAAGGGGAUAAGAGUGAGUUAAAUGAAAUAAAAGAAAAUCAAAGAAGCCCAGUUAGAGUAAAAGAGAAAAAAAUAACUGAUCACAGACAUGUGUCUGAGAGUCCAAACAGAAAAAGUGAAAAGGAAAAGAAAGUUAAAGAUCAUAAAUCUAACAGCAAAGAGAGAGACAUUAGAAGAAAUUCAGAAAAAGAUGAUAAAUAUAAUAAAAAUAAGGUGAAGAAAAGGGCCAAAUCUAAAAGUAGGAGUAAGAGCAAAGAGAAAUCAAAGAGUAAGGAAAGAGAUACAAAGCAUAAUAGACAUGAAGAAAAGAGGGUGAGGUCAAGGAGUAAAGAAAGGGAUCAUGAGAAUGUUAAAGAAAAAGAAAAGUCUGAUUCUAAAGGAAAAGAUCAGGAAAGGAGUAGAAGUAAAGAGAAGUCUAAACAGUUAGAAUCAAAAAGUAAUGAGCAUGAUCAUAAUAAAAGUAAGGAAAAGGAUAGACGUGCACAGUCUAGGAGUAGAGAACGUGAUAUAACUAAAGGCAAACACAGUUAUAAUAGUAGAACAAGGGAACGAAGCAGAAGUAGGGACAGGAGCAGAAGAGUGCGAUCCAGAAGCCAUGACCGAGAUCGCAGCAGAAGCAAGGAGUACCAUAGGUACAGAGAACAGGAGUACAGGAGAAGAGGAAGGUCACGAAGCCGAGAGAGAAGAGCAACACCAGGAAGAUCAAGAAGUAAAGAUAGGAGGAGGAGGAGGAGAGAUUCACGGAGCUCAGAGAGAGAAGAAAGUCAAAGCAGAAACAAAGAAAAAUAUAGAAACCAAGAAAGUAAGAGUUCACACAGAAAAGAAAAUUCUGAGGGUGAAAAGAGAAUGUACUCUAAAAAUCGUGAUCAUAAUAGCUCAAAUAAUAACAGGGAAAAAAAGGCUGAUAGAGAUCAAAGUCCAUUCUCAAAAAUAAAACAAAGUAGUCAGGACAAUGAAUUAAAGUUCUCCACGGUGAAAAAUAAGGAGGAUGACAAGACAAGAUCCUCAGUGGAAAAAGAAAACCAAAAAUCAAAAGGUCAAGGAAAUGACCACAUACAUGAUAAAAAUAAAAAAUUUGAUCAUGAAUCAAGCCCUGGAACAGAUGAAGAUAAAAGUGGAUGAGUGAGUUGUGUAAACUUCUUAUUUCCAUUCUGUCUCAAAUUUUAAGUUUUAGAGACUUGCUCAUGAAUCUCCUUUAUGUUUUCCUCUUUUCAUUGUUUUUGAGUUGUUUUAUGUUUGUCCCUUUUUUUUUUUUUUAACGUGGACUUUAUUGAGUUGAUCUUUUGAUAAUCUGCAACCUGGAUAAUUUGUACUGCUAAAGUUUUAAUAAACUUGAAAUGAGAAAAACA